CCGGCCGGUCCAAAAACCUCUCGCUCUCCAAAGUCGUUUUAAUUUUGAAACACUGACAUAGGAAGAUUCCAUAAACUUAGGCAAAUCCAGGCCACGUUUGGACGGGGUUCUGGGGGCAUGCCGUCACAGGGCCACGGGGCUCCCCUGGGGCCACAGCAAGUGUCAGAGCUUUUGUUCGCAGAGCGGCCUUGGGGCACUCAACUCCGGCUGAUGUGGUCUGCGAACCGGUUUCUUGGGCCCCGAAAUCCGCUUCCCUGCAUCUGGGGAAGCGAUGGGGGCGCCCCGCGCGACCUUCGAGCGCAGCGUGCAGGCGGCUCUACCCUCGGCACACAGCCCAGGAAGUGACCCCUAGGCCCUGGCCAGCGCAGGCCUGCUUCCUCGGCCCAAAGGUUCCAGACCUCUCUCGGCAGCCCAGCGGCCCGCACUGCUGGCCCGCAAGGCGCGGCUCCUUUAAGGGUGGACCCGGACCUCCCGUCAGGUGACCCGACCGUCGCCCAGCAACAGGACGCCGCGCCGCCGAGGCCCCUCCUCUGGCUUGCAGCAGAGUUGGCCUGGAGACAUGUCGGAACAGAGGCCCCCAGAGUGCUCGGAGCCCACGGCCAGGGAUCCCCCGGAGAAAACCAGCGACUACUACCGCGUGGACGCGGACCUGCCCGUCCGGUUCAACAAUCCGGCGUGGUUUCGGGGCUAUAGGACCAAGGAGCCCGCCUCAGUGUACAGGACCAGUAACCAAGCUUACGGGAGCAGAGCCCCCAGUGUUCAUGAGAUGCCGGUAUUCUAUCCAAAUUCGAGUAAAUUUUCCAGACAACUCGCAGCUGGAGGAAUGUUCCAGAACAAUACUUUCAACGUCCACGUGGAGAAGAGCAUGGUGACAGGUCCCGACAACUACAUCACCCGCUAUGACCGACGUGACUUCCACCCCAGUUACAAUGUCCACAAGCCGUCCAUCUGCGACUGAGGCCCUCCAGGGUAUCCUGACUCCAGCAGCCGACCCACCCAGCGGAGCGGGAGCUGCUGUCGCCCUUUGUCCUCGGGAAUGUGCCCAGUUGUAAAGGCAGAGACCUCACGGCUCUAUCUGAAAAUGUUUUCCUCUCUAGAUUAAAAAAAAAAAUAUUGAAGCAAGGUUGGCAAGGGAAUGAUUUGUACCCGGGAGUUCUCUACUUGGUGUUCACUUACAAUGUUCAAUAAAAAGGUUAAAAAAAA